AUUCUGUUGACGACAGUUAGACAGCAAAAUAAGUAAAAAUGGCGGCCAGCAUGGAUUCUGUGAGAGAAAAAGCUCUUCAAGAUUAUCGAAAAAAGCUUUUAGAGCAUAAAGAAGUGGAGUCACGUCUCAAGGAAAUGAGAGAACAUCUCAAGGAUUUGACGAAGCAAUAUGACAAGUCUGAAAAUGAUUUAAAGGCAUUGCAAAGUGUUGGACAGAUUGUUGGAGAAGUACUGAAACAACUCACGGAAGAAAAGUUCAUAGUAAAAGCAACGAAUGGUCCUCGCUACGUCGUUGGAUGUCGGCGUCAGUUGGAUAAAAAUAAAUUGAAGUCUGGAACCAGAGUAGCCCUAGAUAUGACAACUCUUACCAUAAUGCGCUACUUGCCACGUGAGGUUGAUCCGUUGGUUUAUAACAUGUCUCACGAAGACCCUGGCGACGUGACGUACUCUGCAAUUGGCGGCCUGAGCGAACAGAUACGCGAAUUGCGCGAAGUUAUAGAAUUGCCAUUAUUAAAUCCGGAGCUUUUCCAGAGAGUUGGAAUCACGCCUCCCAAGGGAUGCUUGUUGUACGGCCCUCCCGGUACCGGAAAGACAUUGCUGGCGAGAGCCGUUGCCAGCCAGUUGGAUGCAAAUUUCCUGAAAGUCGUCUCGAGCGCGAUCGUCGACAAGUAUAUCGGAGAAUCGGCUAGACUGAUUAGAGAGAUGUUCAAUUACGCCCGCGAUCAUCAACCCUGUAUUAUAUUUAUGGACGAAAUUGACGCGAUUGGCGGCCGCAGAUUUUCGGAAGGGACAAGCGCCGAUCGCGAAAUCCAGAGGACCUUGAUGGAGCUGUUGAAUCAGAUGGACGGAUUUGAUUCUUUGGGCCAAGUCAAAAUGAUAAUGGCUACUAAUAGGCCCGACACCUUAGAUCCGGCUUUAUUACGGCCAGGAAGACUGGACCGAAAGAUUGAAAUACCGCUGCCUAACGAACAGGCUCGUCUAGAAAUUUUAAAGAUACACGCCUUGCCAAUCGCCAAACACGGUGAAAUCGAUUACGAGGCAGUGGUCAAACUCUCGGACGGAUUCAACGGCGCCGACUUGAGAAAUGUGUGCACAGAGGCGGGCCUGUUUGCAAUACGACUGGAAAGAGAAUACGUAAUACAGGAAGACUUCAUGAAGGCCGUCAGAAAGGUUUCUGACAACAAGAAGCUCGAAUCUAAACUAGAUUACAAACCUGUGUAAUUUGACGACGCGGUACCGUCAAUGACUAUCGUUUUAUAUAUUUCGAAACUAAUUUUAGGUGUCUAUUAAUUUUCGUAUGAUCCAAAUUGGAUCAUUCAAUACUGGCCUUGCUGCAAUUACUCGUAUGUUCUAUAUUUGUGUAAAAUUAACACAUUAGCAAAUUUGUAUGAUACAUACAGUUAAUAACAUUGGCAUAAGAUUGAUGUAAAAUAUAAUCUUUCUUUUCCUCC